CAUUCCAAAAUAUUAGUAAUGACUUCAAAUGAAACAGACAUUUACCCUGAGAAUGUGUUUCUCUGCUAUCCACUCCGGCCGGACUCCUGUAUGAAAUUGCAUCGUCUUACUGUUGUUAAAGUGGUGAUGUAUGUUUUCAUGGUGCUGAUGAUCCUCACAACAGUUUUUGGGAACCUGCUGAUCAUCAUCUCCAUCUCUCACUUCAAACAGCUUCAGUCUCCAACUCAUCUGAUCGUUCGCUCUCUGGCUGCCAGUGACUGUCUGCUGGGCUCUUUGGUCAUGCCGUACAGCAUGGUGCGAUCUGUUGAAGGCUGCUGGUAUCUGGGAGAUGUUGUGUGUAAAGUGCAUUCUAGUUUGGACAUGACUUUCAGCAUCUCUUCUUUAAUACAUCUCAGUUUAAUAUCUGUCGACAGGUACAUGGCCAUUUGUGACCCUCUGAGGUACAGAAUGAGGGUCACAAAUAACAUUGUGUCUGUACUGACUACCUUCACAUGGCUUUUUUCAUUUCUCUACAGCUUUUCUAUUGUGUUUUCAGGGGUAAACAAAAUUGGCUUGGAGUCGUUCAUCAUGCAGGUUUACUGUGUGGGAAGUUGUGUUUUGUUUUUUAACAAACAGUGGGGUCUUAUAUGUUCCCUUCUCACAUUCUUUCUUCCCGGGACGAUCAUGAGCUCUCUGUAUAUGAAAAUCUUCCACGUUGCACGAAAACACGCAAAGGAUAUGUCAGAAAGAGUGACUGUGAUGGCAGCAGGAGGGUUGAAGAGCCAAAGCUCUGCUGAAAGAGAAGGAAAGGCAGCUAAAACUCUGGCCAUUGUCAUGGGUGUUUUUUAUUUCUGCUGGUUGCCUUUUUUUACUGCCACUGCUGUAGAUCCUUUCCUCAAUUUCGUGACUCCUGGUUAUGUUUUUGAUGCUUUGGUUUGGUUCGGAUACUUUAACUCCACUUGUAACCCACUAAUCUAUGGUUUCUUGUAUCCUCGCUUUCAGAAAGCUUUUAAAAUUCUCAUAUCCACUUAUAUCUGUGCCUGCAAUGACUCAAGCACCUUGAUACUUGAAUCAGUUUAA